GUUUUAUUUUUUGCAUUUCAUAAUAUUCAGUUCUAAUUCAAAGUUCGGACAGUAAGUGUGUAAAGGAUGAAACUGUAUCUAAUUCUGGUAACAUUAUUGGAUCUGUUCUUCAGCUCAAGCAAAGCUAAACAAUAUCUUGUGGAAACUAAAGAUGAAAACCCUGAAGAAGAUGUAAAACAACCUGAGAACCAAGUUCCGUUUGGAACUGGUGAGCCUGGUGCAGAUUAUAGUUUGAAAUGGGGAAACGGAGACUCAAAACAGAGGAAAAUCAAGAAAAAAGGAAAACUUGAACUCUGGACUGGGUACUGGGUACAACCUUUAGUUGCAGUUUCAGAAAAAUACUAUUUUUCCUUCAACAAAACUCCAGGGGAGUGGUCUGGAAAAGGUUCCAUGUACCCUCUGGGUGAUAUUGCCAUAACAAGUUUACCGCCUAAACCUGGAUUUUAUCCACAGUUUUCCCUGGAAUUCCUUUCUGCUAGGAUGCACUGUAAGGAUAUGACCUUUAAUGUCAAUGAUGAAACAAGUAAAACUGCUUCAGGUAAUCUGACCUAUCAGGAGUGUAUCUACAAUGAUGGAUAUAAAUUGAAGAAUGAUCAUGGAACUUGGAAUAUGCAGAUGAAAACCCAGACAAAGAUGUAAAACAACCUUAGACUCAAGUUUCGGGACACCAAUCAACAAAGCUGUGAUGGUACCGAACCAGAAACCUGUCUACAGAAAGCUUUCCCUUACAUGGGAACUAUUUAUAAACUUUUAUUUUCCGAUAUUCCAAUUCAAUAAAGUUCGGAAUAGGCUA